CCGCCCUUCCUCUAGCCGCAGAAAGCGCGGCGGGGACGUGUCCUCCCUGUGAGGCGCAGCAGUGGUGCUUGUGGCAGCUCCGCAGCUGUUUUCUUGCAGUCGUUGCCUGACGCUUGUCCUGCUCGGGGCUUUUGGGCUGUUUUGUUUUGGUUCUGAUCCCUGCUGCAGCCGGUUCUCCCACAGAGCCGCCCCGGCCCGCUCGAGGCUUCCGCAGUGGCCGCUGCCGAGCCAGCUGCCUGUGCGUCGCUGGGAGCGGCAGAUCUCGGCGGCUGUGGCACUAUGCCUGCCGCGAAGCGCCUGGGGCGGCUGCUGCUGCUGCUUUGUCUCUACCUGAGUCUCUCGGGCGGGAGCCCCGCAGAUCCAGCUAUGACAACACAAGAUGCCAGCAGUCAGUUUCAGGCAAACUCUUUGACUAACAUGAAGAAUGGACUUAAUGAAUCAUUUCCUGAGCCCGUGACAACCACACAAAUUGUCAGUUGGCAAACGCAGGGGAGCCCUUCAGAUCAUGUGACACUGGGACGUGAAGUAUCUGUACCUGGUCCAAAUCUUGCCACGAAAGAGUCCAAGCAGACAAGCAAUCAGAGUGUCACUUCUGUGCACUAUGAGUUACUUCUACCUGGUGCUUCUGGUACUUCUGUGGAAACAACUAUCAUUUUGGACAAGGUAGUUGAAGUUGAACUUACUUGCGUAUUGGACAAGAAAUAUUCUUAUUUGAAAAGUUUUCAAGUGACUUGGAAGAGGGGAAAUGAAACAAUCAGUCAUACCAAUAAAACUGGUAAUAGCUGGAGCAUCAAAGUAACUGUCUUGGAUAGCAGUAAGAUGGGAAGUUACAGUUGUACUCUGAAAGGUGAACAACAGCUCAGUGGUAUUUUUCACUUACAAGUACCAAAAAUUGAACGAAAAGAAAAACCCAUGAUCAGUUACAUAGGAGAUACAGCUGUAAUGAAUUGUGAAUGUCCUGGCUAUACAGCCACUUCUUGGACCUGGUAUAUGACCAAUGGAAGUAAACAGAUUGCCAUUAAUGAAUCUUUGCUGACAGACAAGUAUGUAAUUAGUAAAAAGUCUGCCAAUAUAACCCAACUGAAGAUACUGAAGCUUGCUAAAGAGGAUGAUGGUGAAUAUUGGUGUGAAGCUGCUUUUGGAUUAGGGAAAAGUAAAGGAAAACUGGAGCUUAAAGUUCUGUCCUACAUGGCGCCUCUCAAACCCUUCUUAGCAAUUGUGGUUGAAGUUGUUGUUUUAAUAGCUCUCGUCGUCUCUUAUGAGAUAUAUUCGAAAAAAGUGAAACGUACAGAAGCUGAAAAAGAAUUUGACCAAAUUGAGCAUCUUAAAUCAGAAGACAGUGGUCUGGAAAGCAGUAGGGCUAGGCAGAGAAGAAUUUGAUCUGGUUCCUAAAAAGGAGAUUUAAGGCAACAGAAGUGGAAAUCAUCACAAAGCUACAGAAGAUGUAUGCAGCUAUGCAUUUUAAAAAUCUGCUAUGCUUCUAAGUGAACUCCUCUACACUUUAAGAAAAUAAAAUGCUUUUAAAAUAGCUGUGAAACUGCUUAUUUUAAACAGAUGAUAAUGUAUUCUGAUAUACUGCAUUUAGACCUCUGCUGUCUGUUACAUCUGUUAUUUUACUACUAAAAGGCUUUUUUUUAAUGUGAUUAGACUUCCUGUUGUUCAACUGAUGUGUUUGAUUUUAUGUCCUAAAUUGGAACUAAUUUUGCAUUCACUGAAUGAACAGAUGAUAUAGAAUGGGCCUAUAAGUGUUACAAAGCUGGACUUGUAAGAUCAAAAAAAUAUUUCCACUGAAGAAAAUGCCUUUUACUAGAAGAUGAAGCAAAUGUGACACAGCCAUUUUUACCAAAGAAAUAGUCAAAGGGAAAUCUUUAUCAUUAUUUAAAUUAAACAUUAACAGGUUUGCAAUUUGCUCUGAACAGUAAAAUGUCUUCAUUCUGACUUUACUUAGCUUUAUUUAAAUGAGGAAGAUAGGUACAUUCUGAAUACUUAAGAUAUGAAUUUUCUUAAGAUGUCGUGCCAUAUGUAUGUGCUGCUAUACUGUAAUUCUAAAUAGGCUAAAUACUUAAGUACUGUACAGACCAGAUAUUUCAGAGUAUUCCAGAGUAGAAGAAAGGGGAUACAGUUGGUAUCUGAAGGUAACUAAAAUAAUUCCUUACGCUUGCAAAAUUACUGCAGGAUCUGAGAGCUGCAAACCCAGUUUUGCGUUUAUAAUUUAUGCGGAACACAGAAAUUUCACAAUGAUAGCUAUGUGGUUCUUAUGUCCUGUCUACUUGAUUGAUACCUUUUGCUUCUUGCAGCAUACUGUAUUGUUCCUUAAACUCCUCUCAGAGCACAGAGUAGGUCUUGAGCAGCUAAAAUUUUCAGAGUAAUACGAUAAAGCAACAUGAAUACCACUAGUUCUCUUACACAUAAAAUUGUGACACUGCUGUUAUGACUUAAGAUAUCGCUUUAGAAGAGCUAGUUGCCAUAAUUCUAAAUAUACCAUUUACUUAUACAUUCAGAAAUUGAAAAAGGUGCAGCUAAUAGAGUAAUGAUUGCCUUAGUUGCUUGCUAAUCUAAAAGAAAAAUAAGAAAAACUUAAGGAAGGGAAAAGUCAAGUCUUCAAAAUAAUUUCUUUUCUCAACAAAAAUGUAAGGAAAAAGCAGGCAGCAUUUGCAAACUCCCUAGGGAAAUGAAAGGAAAAAACAUCUAAAUAGAAUUUCCUCAAACUGGUCAUUUUUCUUUGAAUAUAGAUAAAGGAAUACAGAAAAAUAAAUGAUAAAAUAGGUUUAAUUUGCUUCCUCUGUUUUUCCAAUUUUACUGUUCUUCUGGGUUUGAAACUAACAGCCUAGCAUUAGCUGUUGGAGAUGAGGGAUAAAAUCAAGUCUAAUAUACACUUUUUUGUUUUCAUUGUUUAUUUUGCAUCUUUAAAAUUGCAAGUUAAAGUCUAAGUAAAAGACAACGGGAAGUAUAUAAGCAUUAAGUGAUUGACUGUAAGGGCUGAACGCUGAUAAAGAUUUCCCUUUCUAAGAUACUGUGUUUAUUGUAUUUUGCCUUGAAGUUUCUAUGCACUAUAAAAACCAGAAUGCAUUUACAGCUUUUCAUACGAAUUUGUUGUUGCUAUAAAGUCGGUUGGUUGUAGCAAGUAAAUGGCUUGCAGUUUAGAAAGAUUUACUUCUGUAUAUUGUUUGAAACAAUUUUGUAGGUAUUUCAGUAGUAAAAAAGAGUAAGCUUACAUAGAUCUAAGAGUUAAAUUCUGAAUAAAGCAGGAUUAGUAUCUCUUGCAACAAAAAGGAGGCUAGGUACUAUCUGGAAAAAAGACCACCUUUUAAGCGGAAAUGGUAAUGACUUUUUUCUGCCUUCACAGAGCAUUCCUAUCUGAUACUCACAUUGUGGUGUGAAGCCUUGGCCAACAUAGGCCAGACUUCAGAUACUUUUUGGUGUUAGCAAACAAGGGUUGCACUGAAGGCAAGCAGGAACUGGAAAACCUGGGUUAAGCAUGGAUUUUACAUCUAUGAUGUGUUUCUCCUAUCAGGACUUUAUUAGAGUUUGGUCAAAUUGGCUUCUGUAACUAUAGUUUUGUCCUGACCUGCCUCUAGCAUGUUGUGCUUGCCCUGUCUGCAAGGGGUUUCAUCUUUGGUUUUAGGUUGGUAAGUAGCUUUUCAUCUUGAUAAGUGUUUUUAUUCCUCUAUGUCUGCCUAGGUUUAAACCUUGUGUUCUCCUACAAAAGGCAAUAAAUAGUAUUAAAUGAUAAAUAUUAGAAAACUGACAAAAUUAGUGGUAUCUCCUACAAACAACAGGGCUAAGUGUAAGGAUCCACAAAAUUACUUUUAAUAAGAUACAUUAAUCUAUAAUUGACCCAAUGGUUAGGCUCGGCCACAUACGUUUGUUGGGCAGAUCUUGUCUUCCGAGAUCAAAUUGUUGUUUUCAUGCAAGAGUUUAUUGGUUUCUGUACCAACAAAAGCCUUAUCCAUUUUUUAGAGGAAAAGACUAUAAGAUGUGCAAAACAAUCCUGAAGGACUGUUUCCUAAUGCUUCAAAGUAGUCACUGCAAAUUCCUCCUCUACAUAAGUCCAAAGUAGCCACAAGCAGCUUGAGGCCAGAUUCCUAGUGAAGAUUGACAAAUAAUAGAAAAGUUUCCAAACUUUGAGCUCAGAUGGAACUGUAAGACUAUUUCUUUAGGAUGGAGAACCUAAGAAUUACCCAAUAGUGGGCUAAGAUAAUUAAGUGGUUAGUUACAGGUCAUUUUACACACACAGUCCUGAGGAAAAGAGAGAAAACCUAUCAGUAUUGAUGUUGAUACUGAAAUCAGCACCUAUGUGCCUUUAACUCUUUUCCAGCCAAAGAAAAUGAGGUUUGCAUUCUGCUUUAAAUUCACCUUCAAAACUUCAACACUGACAGCUGAACAAUUAGAAGGAACCUGAUUGGUGUCUUCACUGUAGGGAGAGUUCUUGGGUGGAGAGGUCCUUUAAGUGUUAAGCUAUGCAGCACAUGUGGGCUCACCAUGAUUAACCGUAUCGUGUUGCAGUUCUAGCUGAGAGCUCCCCCAGAUUAGGAAGGGGCAAAGAGUGAGGAAGAAACCACUUGAAGAAUAGUCGUUGGGACAUGGGAAGGACCUGCAGCCAUUCCAUAGGGAUCCUGAGGGGCGGACAGCAGGAACUGAGAUGACUUGCAUUUAAGAUGUGUACAGGGAAGACAGUGCAAAUCUGUAGGAAAAAAGACCAUUUUCUUUUUUUUAACUGCUAUUCAGAAUGUUUGUGUAGGAAGUUCUGUACAGUGACUGAAAACUGUCUGCCAUUGCUAAGCACUUGAACAGGUGAAAACAAAGCCAAGUGAUAAGUUUUGUAAUUGGAAGUUACAUCCUUGGAAAAUGUUUCUCCACUGGUUUUAAAUAGUUUUGAAGUCUUGUUAUUAUUCUUACCCAGUUCACAUAUAUAUAAUGCAUUAAACAAUUCUGGUUACUGAAACUGAGUUUAAAUUUACUGUUUGUAGUUGAAUUUUGUAAGACUUCAUACUUGUAAUGUUUGCUACAUCUUAGCCAAAAUGAUUGGUUUUGUUCCAUAUGGAAACAUAAUCUGAUUUGUUUUUCCAUUCAGCCUUUUAUUUAACCAAAGAAAAUUUUGGGGGUUUAUUUAUAUAUAUUUUUUUAAUUAUUACUAGGGUAAUACUUCUUUCAACUGACUUGCUGGAUUAUUUUCAAAUUGACAUUAAAAGUAACAUAACAGUGCCUUAAAGGAAUUUAUUUACUGUAGUAAAGUUCUAUUUUCUUAUUUGCAAUAUGUUUGUUAAAAGUUUCAGAGGAAACUUGGCAGCAAAAUCUAUUUUUCUAGUGAAAGACGACUAAGCCUAAUGCUUUUAUCACACUUGCCUUAUUUUUACAUUCUGAUUUUAUACUUUGUGCUCACUCAACUGUUUUAUUGUUUUGCUUGAGCAGUAAGAUGUAUACAGAAAUUGGAAUAGCCUCUGUUUGAUGCAAAUGAAAUAACAAGGAGAGUAGUUACGAGUAAUAUGAAUUGUUAAUACUGUACUUACAAAUAAUUCUAAUAAACUUAACCAUUAAGAAGCCAUUAA